AUGCCAAAAAUUUCUCUCCUGGCCGUCGGUCUACUUUUCAUCAAAUAUCUGCAGAGAAGCUUUUGCUCUGCUUCCCAGGUGGAUCCCCCAAUAGGAGCAACCGAAAGAAACUUGAAUGACUAUGUUUGCCAUGACCAGUACUUCACAGGAGCCACAGUCAAGGAAUCGGUUGGGCUGGCUUGCGCCAACCUGCAUACAUUGAGCCGUCAAAAAAUAUUUCCUGCGCUUUUGGAGGAGUCUGAGUUAUUCGGUCGUGACUCAGGAACUCUGUUGACCUGGCCAAUACUUUACGAAAGUAUAGCUUUCGUUCAUGGCGUGAAGGGAAAAACUCGCGUCGUCAUAAAUAUGGAAUGCGAGCUUGUUGGGGUUGUGCUACGCCAUGAAGAUAAUAUUGAAUUAUGUCUCGAGCUGUUGCAUGAUGACAACAAAGUAUCUCAUGAAGGUAAUAGCUUAGACUCAGAAGAGUUUGUGGGCUACCAGUGUUCCCAAGCGACAUUCCGAGAUUCACAUGUUUUGGAAUCUUUCCGUAGGGCUCUUACACAACGGACUACAAAAUAUCCUAGGCUUUAUCGAGCAGGUCUUACUGCAAAAAAGGCUGAUGAUGCUCCCAUUAUAUGGCCCUUAUUUGAAACUCAUCAAGCACCACUUCGUAGGAAAAACAUUGAAAACAAUGGAAGAUGCUUUUUGGUAUUUACAAGGAAACAAGGAGUUCUGAAAGUAAUACAACUACGUAGGGGCUUGGAGAAAAAGUGUGAGCAAAUAAGGAAGACUAUUGUACCUUUCGUUUCUCGCCCAAACAUCCCGGAAUCACCUAAAACCUUGGACCGAAUAAAUGAAAUGGGUCAUAAUUGUAAUGGACAGAUAUUUACAGGUCGCUACAUUGAGAUGAAUCGAAAAAAGGCGAUGACCGCCAUCGCAGAUUACAUUUCCGGAAAACAUACCGUCGGAAUUUAUAGACAUGAGGCAAGGCGCAACGGCAUUUCACCUGGAAGUUGGAAAUGGCCUAUUCGUGGUUGGGAGACAAAUCGCAAAGGGCCCAAAAAGAUCAGGUUCUACGCUCUAAUUUUUGGGCCGGAAGCCCAAUUUCUCGGUGUUCACAUUCUAGAGAAAGCUGGCUAUACAAAAUGUGAGAGGAUUUAUGAUUCAAAGCCUGCAAGCAAGGAUAAAAAGGAGUUGGGGUUCGACCUAAAUAUGCCAAAUUUUUGUCAGCAGGAGAUGGGUUCCGGAGAAGAUUGUUGA